AUGCCAAGCGAAACCUUGGUUCUGCAAGAAGUGCAGGAAGGUCGGUCACAAGGAAAGGAACAGAGACAACAGAGGUCCGAGAAAACAAGUACGAACCGUCAAGAUAGCAGCAGUUCAAAGGCCAACUCUUCCCGUGUGUACAUCGACGCUGUAGUGAACAACUACUCUGUCAAAUUCCUUCUCGAUACUGGAUCAGACAUCACGUUACUGAACGAGAAGAUUUGGAAGAAGAUGGGCUCCCCAGCAUUGGAAAAGACCAAUAUAGUCGUGAAAAACGCAAGUGGAGAUUCCAUGAAGAUAUAUGGAAAGCUUAAAUGCAAGAUUACCAUGAAAGGUGUCACUACUGAAGGAGACGCCUAUGUGACGCCGCAUAGCUCACUUUUGGGUCUCGAAUGGAUUCGAGCAAAUGAGAAUUUGAUGUACCACAUAGAAAUGAUGGCUGAAAGAGGAAUCAGAAACCUCAAAGGGGAAGAGAAACUGUCAGAGGAUACGUUCAAUGUUAUACGGCAAGCACACCGAACCACCCCACACAGAUGUCUUGAGGACAGAACUGAAUCAUUGAAAAGGUUGUACGCCGAAGAAAAUGGAAGGAAGAUGAAGCAGCAAUACGACAGGAGAAACGGUUCUAUUUUGAAGAAUUUCCAUAAGGAAGACGAGUACGCGCAGAUGCGGAAAGCCCCACACUCCACAUGGAAGCAAGGAGUUGUCGCAAAACGCCUUGGGAAGGUCAACUAUGAGGUCCCCGUGGAAGGAAGACUGAUGCGGAAACACGCAAACCAAUUACGACACAGCAACACAAGGACAAGCUGGAAUCGUGUAGACAAAUCGUUGAAAACCCUGCUCGACAUGUUAGAAGUGGACGACAAUUGGCUAAAAAGCAACGACGAUACUGCUAGUGACUUGGACGUCAACACCGCUCUACCGUGCUCUCCAGAACUAUCAAUGCGACGAUCGACUAGAAUACGAAGACCCGUGAAACGAUAUGGCAUUGAUGUCUAG